UUCAAGAAUGCCAUCUACUUCCUGACUGUUCCUGACGUUCAGGCGGUAAGAAAGCGCGGGUAACGUUACCGGUCUCAACAAUUCUUUCAAGUGAUUGUAGCUGUUGCAUCUAACCCCAGGUUUUACGAACUGAUAGCCACUGAUAGCUAAAGAAAAGUGAACCGGCAAAAUGUUCGAGGCACGUUUGGUACAGAGCGCGAUCCUGAAAAAAGUAUUGGAUGCAAUAAAGGAUCUUUUAACCGAAGCUACCUUCGAAUGCUCCGAUUCCGGCAUCCAAGUCCAGGCCAUGGACAACGCUCAUGUUUCUUUGGUUUCCCUUAAUCUUAGAAGUGAUGGUUUUGAUAAAUACAGAUGCGAUAGAAACUUGUCAAUGGGUAUGAGUAUUGCAUGCAUGUCUAAAAUUUUACGAUGCGCUGGCUCAGAAGAUACAGUCACUUUGCGAGCACUGGACAAUCCAGAAAAUAUUGUGUUUAUAUUUGAAUCGCCAAACAAAGAGAAACUUGCUGAAUAUGAGAUGAAACUUAUCAAUAUGGAUCAGGAACACCUUGGUAUUCCUGAAACUUCGUAUUCGUGUAUUGUGAAAAUGCCAUCUCAAGAAUUUUCCCGUAUAUGUAGAGAUCUAAGUCAAUUUGGGGAAUCUAUAACAUUUGCAUGCUCUAAGGAGGGCAUAAAGUUCAGCGCUUCUGGAGACUAUGGCCAAGCCACUAUCAAGUUAGCACAAACAGCGGACGCGGACAAUGAAGAAGAAGCAGUAUCUGUUAAUAUGCAAGAACCAGUGAAGUUAACAUUCUCAUGCCGUUACCUUAAUUGCUUUAUCAAAGCUGGACCUCUUUGCGCGCAAGUACAGCUAUCCAUGUCCAAUGAUGUGCCUCUAGUAUGUGAAUACAAAAUCGGUGAUAUUGGGCAUAUCAGAUACUACCUCGCUCCGAAAAUUGAUGAUGAUGAAGAAAAUUAAGAUUCUGAAGGACUUACUUUGGUAUAUAAGCUAUAACAUUGUUAAUGCAGUGUAUUAUA